UUUAUGGCAAGAUUGUCAUGAGUUAUGGAGUAAAAAGCGAAGAAGACAGAAGCAAAUGGGCAUGACUGAUGAUGGUUCCACAAUUAAAGCCCCCAGAAAGGACUUGUCUCUGGGCUUGGAUGACAGUAGAACCAAUACACCCCAGGGUGUGCUGCCGUCUUCACAGCUGAAAUCUCAGGGCAACUCAAAUGUAGCACCUGUAAAAACAGGCCCUGGACAGCAGUUAAACCACAGUGAAUUGGCAAUUCUACUAAACCUACUACAAUCUAAAACGAGUAUUAAUAUGGCUGAUUUUGUCCAAGUGUUGAACAUUAAGGUAAACUGUGAGACUCAACAGCAGCUAAAUAAAAUAAACCUUCCUGCUGGAAUUUUGGCAACAGGUGAAAAACAGACAGAUCCAUCAACGCCACAACAGGAGUCUUCGAAACCUUUGGGAGGAAUUCAGCCUUCUUCUCAGACCAUCCAGCCUAAAGUGGAGACUGAUGCUGCCCAAGCGGCUGUGCAGAGUGCAUUUGCAGUUCUGUUGACUCAGUUAAUAAAGGCUCAGCAGUCAAAGCAGAAAGAUGUGCUACUAGAGGAGAGGGAAAAUGGAUCGGGACAUGAAGCAUCAUUACAACUCAGGCCACCUCCAGAACCUAGCACUCCGGUAUCUGGGCAAGAUGACCUCAUCCAGCACCAAGAUAUGAGGAUAUUGGAGCUUACACCGGAACCAGACCGGCCUCGAAUUCUGCCUCCUGAUCAACGACCUCCUGAACCCCCUGAACCACCACCAGUCACUGAGGAAGACCUGGAUUAUCGGACAGAAAACCAGCACGUACCCACCACUAGUUCUUCAUUAACUGACCCUCAUGCUGGAGUGAAAGCAGCCCUGUUACAGCUGCUUGCUCAGCAUCAGCCCCAGGAUGAACCCAAAAGAGAAGGUGGUAUUGAUUAUCAAGCAGGAGACACUUAUGUGCCCACUUCAGACUACAAGGACAACUUUGGAUCCUCUUCUUUCUCUUCUGCCCCUUAUGUUAGCAAUGAUGGUUUAGGAAGCAGUUCUGCUCCACCAUUGGAACGACGUAACUUCAUUGGAAACUCAGAUAUUCAGCCUUUGGAUAACUACAGUACUGCUUCAUCUCAUUCUGGUGGUCCACCUCAGCCUUCUGCCUUUUCUGAGUCAUUUGCCAGUUCAGUAGCUGGAUAUGGAGACAUUUACCUCAAUGCUGGUCCCAUGUUGUUUAGUGGAGACAAGGACCAUAGAUUUGAAUAUAGCCAUGGUCCUAUUGCAGUCCUGGCAAAUAGCAGUGACCCUUCCACAGGGCCAGAGAGUACUCAUCCUUUGCCAGCAAAGAUGCACAACUAUAACUAUGGUGGUAACUUACAGGAAAACCCGGGCGGCCCCGGCCUUAUGCAUGGACAGACCUGGACUUCUCCUGCCCAAGGACCUGGAUACCCACAGGGAUACAGGGGACACAUUAGCACAUCAACUGGCAGAGGUCGAGGCAGAGGGUUACCAUACUGAGUAUCUGUUUUUCCUCAGGCACAUCAUUUUUAUCUGGAAAGACUUUUCUAGCUGCAAUUUAAGGCAGCAAUCCAAGAGACUUGAAUAAUAUUAAUUCAACAACAGCUUUAUUUUUAUGUGGAGAAGGGUCUUGCAUACAAUAGUUUAAAAAAAAAGAAAAAAAAAAACCUUUGCUUAAAUUCAUGCUGUUCUAAAACUAGAUCUAUCGAUUGUACAUCUUCACAAAUUCUAGUUAACAGUUUUAUUUUGUAUUCUCGCAGUUUUAAGUGGAUGCUAAUCUUAGGGACAUAAGCCUUUUAUGGCCCUCUUGCAGAUCUUCUGAACUAUGCACAUUUGUGCUUUUUUUGUAAGUUUGGACCAACUUUUAUGUAACAAACAUCCCCUCCCUGUCCCUCCCCCCCCUCCAGUUUUACAACAAUCAGAAAGGGCACUGAUUUAUUUGGUAUUUUUCUUUUUACAAAGCUACCUUUAGUCAAAGGUCACUGUCAGUCUUUGCACCUGCUUUCAGUGUUAUUGUGAAAGGUGUACUUUGUGCUCAUUUCAGAAAAUAAAACACAACCUUUCUCUUGA